GGCUGGCCGUGGAGACGUGUCUGUCUGCAGGGUUUCCCUCCUCCUCCGGGAUCCACGGUGGACACGAUGGCAGAUGAAUCAGAGCCUUCAGUGAAACGUGAUGCAGGUGAUGCAGGUGAUGCAGGUGAUACAGAAGAAGAUGAUCUCACAGAUGCAAAGCCUGAUCGGUCUUCCUUCCUUUCAGUACUCAGGAAAAAGAAAAAUGUUUCAGAGAAGUCAAACCAACCCCUGCCCGAAUAUAAGCGAAUGGUUGUGCCCAAAUUCCAAUAUAAUAUGGAUUACAAGAAGGUUGGCAAAUGUAUCAUAAUAAAUAACAAACAGUUUGAAAGUAAAACUGGCAUGGGCACAAGAAAUGGUACCGAUAAAGAUGUGGAAGGACUAUACAAAUGCUUCCGAAGCUUAGGUUUUGAUGUAAUAGUCCAUAACAACCGUUCUUGUUCCGACAUGCAGAACCUGCUCAAACAAGUUUCUCAAGAGGACCAUACUGAAUCUGCCUGCUUUGCCUGUAUCCUUCUGAGCCAUGGAGAAGAGGACGUGAUUUAUGGGACAGAUGGAGUGACCCCAAUAAAAGAUCUGACUGUCCACUUUAGAGGAGAUAAAUGCAAGAGCCUCUUAGGGAAACCUAAAUUAUUUUUCAUUCAGGCUUGCCGAGGUACUGAGUUUGAUGACGGGAUCCAGACAGAUUCCGGGCCUAUCAAUGAUACAAAUGCCAAUCCUGGAUGCAAAAUACCGGUUGAAGCUGAUUUUCUCUUUGCCUAUUCCACAGUUCCAGGUUAUUAUUCAUGGAGGAAUCCGGGAAAGGGAUCUUGGUUUGUGCAGGCCCUUUGCUCAGUCCUGAAUGAAUUUGGAAAAAGCCUGGAGAUCAUGCAGAUUCUCACGCGAGUGAACUAUAGAGUGGCCAUGGACUUUGAAUCUCAGUCCGACAACCCGUGUUUCAACGAGAAGAAGCAGAUUCCAUGCAUGGUCUCCAUGCUCACCAAAGAACUCUACUUUUGACAACAUAGCCAACUACACCAAGGACAGUUCAAUCGGGAACUGUGGAUCUUUCUUAUUUUUUUUUUAAAAAAAAAAAAAACCUUUAAUUUGUUUUAAUGUCAUGACUUGUGAUCUUAAAUUUCCAGAAGUGUUGAAUUGAGGGGAAAACCAUCAAACCGGCAGAGUACCCUUUCAGUGAUCCUUGGUGCUUUCAUAAAUUUUCAAAGGGACUAUAAUUUUUAAAUUAUAGUUUUGUUUCAAUGACUGUUUAUAAUUAUCUCAGGAUUCAGAGAUAUGGGGCAAAGGGUUUGUUGAUGAUUUCUUUUGAACUUUUCUGGAAUGGGAUGCAAAUAACACAAGUGACCUCGCCGUUGGCUGCUCACAACGUGUGCCUCUCGAUUGUGAAUGGACACGGAAAAAAAAACAUGUCUAUAUUACCAAAUAAAAUUACUGCUGGCAGUCUUGGAAAGAA